CAAGGAUGGGCACGAGCAGGUGGGCAGCAGCCCAGGAACGCACAAGGUCUUGUCUGUGGAUGCAACGCUUGCCCCGAGAGACCCCCAAGCUCCUGGCCAGUUUGGGCACCCUGUUGCAGUCCCCACCGAUAAACAGGAAGAAGCAAAAAGUAGAUGGAAAGAAGGAAACUUUAAUGUCUACCUCAGCGAUUUGAUCCCUGUAGACCGAGCCAUAGCGGACACCAGGCCUGCCGGGUGCUCUGAGCAGCGGGUUCACGACGACCUCCCAACCACCACCAUCAUCAUGUGCUUCGUGGAUGAAGUGUGGUCCACCCUCCUGCGCUCCGUUCACAGUGUCCUCGGCAGAUCUCCCCCACAUCUGAUUGAAGAAGUCAUUUUGGUGGACGACUUCAGCACUAAAGAGUACCUCAAGGAGAAGCUGGACAAAUACAUGUCGCGAUUCCCAAAAGUGAAGAUCCUCCAUCUCAAGGAGAGGCACGGUCUGAUACGGGCCAGGCUGGCGGGAGCGGAGAUGGCCAAAGGCGCCGUCCUGACGUUCCUGGACUCGCACGGGGAGUGCAACGUGGGGUGGCUGGAGCCACUGCUGGAGAGGGUCCGUCUGAGCCGGGCCAAGGUCGCCUGCCCCGUCAUCGAGGUCAUCAGCGACAAGGACAUGAGUUACAUGACCGUGGACAACUUUCAGCGUGGGAUUUUUACUUGGCCGAUGAAUUUUGGCUGGAGGCAGAUUCCACAAGAGGUCAUCGAGAAAAAUAAAAUCAAGGAAACUGAUAUAAUAAGGUGCCCAGUCAUGGCGGGUGGCCUGUUUUCCAUCGAUAAGAAGUAUUUUUUUGAGCUAGGAACGUACGACCCAGGACUGGAUGUUUGGGGAGGUGAAAAUAUGGAGAUAUCAUUCAAGGUCUGGAUGUGCGGAGGAGAGAUUGAGAUUGUUCCAUGCUCCAGAGUGGGGCACAUUUUCAGGAACGACAAUCCUUAUUCCUUCCCGAGAGAUCGGGUGAGAACAGUGGAGAGGAACCUGGCCCGCGUUGCGGAGGUCUGGCUGGACGAGUACAAGGAGUUAUUCUACGGCCACGCUUACCACUUAGUCUUGAAAAAGCUGGAUGUCGGUGACCUGACCCAACAAAUCCAACUGCGAAAGAAGCUUCAGUGCAAAAGUUUCCGGUGGUACCUGGAGAACGUCUACCCGGACCUGGAAGCUCCCCUGGUUAAAGCCAGCGGGCUGCUUGUCAACGUAGCCAUGGCAAGAUGCAUCACUGUGGAGAACACCACUCUAGCUUUCGAGCCGUGCGAUGUUAACAGCGAGCACCAGAAGUUCAACUACACGUGGCUGAGGCUGAUCCAGCACGGAGAGCUCUGCGUCGUGCCGGCCGGCGCUGCGGGAGCGCUGGCACUGCGCCGCUGCCAGGACGGGAGCCGCGGCCUGACCUGGCUGCACCGGUCGCUGGCCGCCUUCCAGCCCGAGCUGACGGACCACCUCAUCUCAGAGCACCUCCAGCAGCCAGCGUGCCUGGAAGUGGAUCCCUCUCACAAAGCCCUGAGGGUCAAUGCCUGUGACUCUGCAAAUCCUUAUCAGAAGUGGCAGUUUGGCAAUUACUACGCAGACUGA